AUGAGCCCCGAGGACGCCGGGGAGGCCGCGGAGAAGGAGGGCGCGGUCAAGGUGGACAAAACACUCAACCCGUCGGGCUAUAAGGGCGUCAUCAAGCGGGCCAGCACGGCCGAAGGCGGCGCCACCUACUCCGCGUUGUGGCACCCGUGCGCGAGCGACGCGAAGCGCCUCGGCAAGACGACCCUGCGCUUCGGCCUGUGGUCCCACCCGGAGCACGCCGCGCUUGUUAUCGCGCGAGAGAGCAAGCGCGUCCUCGAGGAGGCGGAUGCGGCGGAGACGGCGGCGGCGGCGGCGGCGGCGGAGGCGGCGGCGGCGGCGGCGAUGAUGGCAGCGGCUGCGGCGCUGCAAUCGGCGAUGCCUGCGGCAGCGGCGACGGUGCCCGUCGCGGCGACGGUGCCCGUCGCCGGCAGUGAUCCGCAGGGACCUUCGGCGCGCGAGGAGGCGGCUGUUGUAGCCAACCUCGGCCACUAUGACGUGGUCGAGCUCCGCGCUAAGGCCGAAGGGCGCGUCGGCCGGAUCGUCCGGAGAGUCGACGCGUCACAGCGCGUCGACACCGCCUUGGACGAUCUCAUCGCCGCCUACGAAGCCACCGGCGUGGCGGGACACAUCACCGUCAAAGUCAGCACCAUCACCAGAAAGGGGCGGGUUGGUUUCGGGGUCCCGCCCGAGAUGCAGGGCACAGCCGCGAAGGUGCUAGAGCAGGCGGGGCUGGGUGCUCUCAGCAGCUCGACCUUGGGAUUUACAGUGCCGCGGGGACAGAAGGAACGGUCGGCGAAGAAGCUGGCAGAGAAGCUCAACACGCUGCACGCGCUGGAGGCAGCGGGCGGCGCAGCUGGCGCGGCAGCGGGCGGCGCUGCGGCGGCCGACGGCGCGGCGGGCGGGUCGACAACGGGCUGGUCGGCGGUGGACGCGGGGGAGGAGGAGGCGGCGGCGGGGUUGGGGCCAGUCGACGCGGAGGAGGAGGAGGCGGAGGAGGCGCAGGGCGGGUCGGCUGCGGACGGCGCGGCGGGCGGCGCGGCGGGCGGCCCGGUGGAUGAGGAGGCGCCCGAGGAUACGCCCCCCGAGGGCGUGGAGGUGCAGCCACAGGCGGGCGGCACGACAACAGGCGACGUGGUGGCGGGCAAUGCAGCAGCAGGUGGCGCAGAGGGAGGCGCGGCGGUCGGCUCCGCUGUGGCGGGCGGAGUGGCGGCGGCUGCAGAGGCGGAGGCGCUGCCAGCCGACCCCGGCGUCCUUCCGAGCCCCGUGCUCUCUGUUGCAGCGCGGGCUCGCGUGCAGAGCGUGCGGUGUACAGACCCCAGCAGCUGGCCGAGCCCCUUGAUCUCCGAUGCAGCGGCGAGAGCGGCGAUGCGGGCGGCACCGACGGCGCCCGCAGCCUCCCCUGCCGGGAUUGCCAGCCCGCUGCUCUCCGACGCGCCGGCGCCGGCAGUGGUUGCGGCGCCGCGCGAGCGUGAGGUGGCGUCGGCGGCGGAGGGCGAGAUGGAGGUGGCGCGCUUGGAGGAGCCCUCGAUGCCCUCGAUCGCGGGCGCCGUUUCGUUGCUCGAACCGAUGCUGUUGCAGCUCACCACGGUGCAGCCAGAAGCGGCGAGCGGCGCGGCGGGCGGCGCAGGCGAUGGCUCCGCGGCGGCGUGCGGAGCGGCGGCGACAGCAGAGGCGGAGGCGCUGCCAGAGGGCGAGGUGGGCCGGGCGGGGCGCUCGGCGGAUGUGACGGCGGGGGUGGCGAAAGCCCUAGCGGACCGCCUCGCCUCUGGGCUCGACGCAGCCUCGCCGUCGGAUGAUGCCGCCGCCGCCGCCAAGCAGUCGUUGCGCGAAUUUCUCAGGCCGCAGCCGCAGCCGCAGCCGCAGCAGCCGCAGCCGCAGCAGCCGCAGCCGCAGCCGCAGCCGCCGCCGCCGCCGCCGCAGGUCGCUGCCUCCGCUUCCGACCUGCGCUCGCCGCUGGGGGCCUUGUCCCAGGGCAACCACGAGCCGUCGACGGGCGGCUCGUCGCGCACUUUCAUGGAGCACAACGCAGCAGCACCGGCCGACGGCGGCGAGCCCGCGCCCGCCGCCGCCGCCGGCAGCGUCGAGCCCGCGGCCGUUGACGCCGGUCGGCUCGUGCCCGCCGACGCCGUCAGCAGCCGAGGGCCCGACCGCGUCCAGGUCUUGUGCGGCACGUUCGGCUGCACGCUCCCAAACAACCACAAGGGCCUCCACCUCAUACCCGCCGUUAACAGCGUCCGCCAGCGCCAGCGGCCUGCCGAGAUAUACUCCGUGGAGCCGCAGGCGGGGGCCAAGUCGCAGGUCGGCGCGUCGCCCGCCGGAAGUGGCAACGCAUCGCGGGACAAGUCGCCGGUCAGCAGCCGCAGCGGCAUGCCGCCGCCACCCAGCCACGAGGCCAACGGGCGCAAGAUCAUCACAUGUGUGGGGUGCGGCGUCGAGCGCUCGCGCAGCAUCCCCGGGAGCAAGCCCGCCGUCUGGCUCUGCGGAGGCGACCGGUGCGCGGGGGAAGGCCCUAUCGAGAGCAGCCUGCCGCAGCCUGCCCAGGACCCGUCCGGCGGCGGCGGCGCUCCGGUUGGCAGCAGCGGCGAUCGGCCGCAGUGGCAGUGCGUCUACUGCGGCCGCAUGCUCAUCAACGCGGGCGCAAAGUCGAACCACGAGCGCUGGUGCAAGCAGCAGCAGGAAAGGAUGGCGCUGGAGCUGGCGUCCGCUCCCAGCACUCCGCCGCCAGAGCCGGACGCCCCUGAAGAAGACGCGGAGAGCCGCUGGCAGUGCGUCUACUGCGGCCGCGCGCUGUGCAACGCGGGCGCAAAGUCGAACCACGAGCGCUGGUGCAAGCAGCAGCAGGAGAAGCAGGCGCUCGAGGAAGAGGCGGCGGAGGCGGCGGCAGCGCGCAGCUCGCCGUUGCCAGAGCCGGACGCCCCUGAAGAAGACGCGGCGAGCCGCUGGCAGUGCGUCUACUGCGGCCGCAUGCUGUGCAACGCGGGCGCAAAGUCGAACCACGAGCGCUGGUGCAAGCAGCAGCAGCACCAGCCGGCGCCCGAAGCGGGGCAACCUUCAGAGGCGGCGGAGGCGGAGGCUGCAGUCGCUCCGGAUGAGAGCGGCCGCGCGCUCUGGCAGUGCGUCUACUGCGGCCGGGUGCUCACCAACGCGGGCGCAAAGUCGAACCACGAGCGCUGGUGCCGCAAGGUGCAUCUGACGGAGGCGGAGGAGGCGGCGCCGGUGGCAGCGCACGCGCCGGCGACGCCGGAGCCCGUCCUUUGCCAAAAGCGGCCCGACUGCGUGCGGCGGUAUCGCCACCCGGGCCUUUGCAAGCCCGCCGGCGGAGGGCGCGGCGGCGGCGUGGGCACGCUCAGCAAAGGACGAGACCGGUGGCAGCAGGAGGCCGGUCGCUCGGUCGCCGCCACUUCGGACGAAGACAUCGACCGCCUGAGCAGCCCCGUCUGUCCGAUUGCGGAGCAGGAGCCGGUGGCGAGGGAGCCGCGCGUGCUCGCGGAGCGGGUGGCGGCCGGACGGCAGCAGUACCUCGUCCAGGCCGCCGGGCAGGGCCGUUCGCAGGCGGAGUGGGUGGCGGCCAGCCAGGUGCCCGACGCGCGCCUCAUCGAGACGUUUUGGGUCGCGGUUCGGGGGAGCCUAGAUGCCGCACAGGCUGCCCAUGCCUCGCACGUUUCGAUUGUCGAGACGCACGGCGAGGACCUCGUGUACGCGCGCGGCUCGUCGCUCCAGCGGGUCGCCGAGGAGGCGGACGAGGCUCUGUCGCCCCUGCCGCUCGAGGAGGGUGGGGGCACGGCCGAGGAGGUGCUCGAGGCGGAGGGUGGAGGGGGUGGCAUGACCUCGCAGGGGGCGUUCGCCUGCGACUACUGCGGCCGCCGGCUCGCCACCCGCGGCGCGAAGAACAAUCACGAGCGCGCGUGCGCGCGGCUGAACGCCGCCUCAGCCGGAGCCGCGCAGACGCAGUGCCAGCGCCACCCGCUCUGCGUCCGCGGCUACCACCACAUGGGCCUCGGGGGGCCGUGCCGCAUCCGCGAUCCGUCGCUCAAGAUGCCGCCGCCGCCGCCGAGCUACCGCGGCGCCAGCGCCAAGCAGCCGCGCCCCGACGACGGCGACGCGCCGCACCGCAACCCGAGCACGACCAACGCGUCGCUCAUCGGCCGGCGCAUCGAGGUGUUCUGGGCGUCCGAGAAGAAGUGGGUGCACGGGCGCGUCCUCAACUACUCCGCCGAGAAUGGCAAGCACACGGUGCAGUACUCGGGCACCGGUGCCCUCGAGCAGCUCACCCUCAAGCGCGAGCGCUGGCGCGCCAUCGAAGAGGCUGCAGAGGCGCCGCCGCGGCCGCCGCUGCCGCGGCCGCCGCCCGGCGGGCGCGGCCGCGGCCGCGGCCGCGGCCGCGGCGCCGGUCGCGUUGCUCUGGAGAAGGCUGCGGCCGCCUCGCUCGUCGCCGCCAAGUCGGAGGCCAAGGCGCUGUCAGCGAUGGGGCUCUUUCUGACGACGAGCCGGCUGGCGCCGAAGCAGUCGCUGGCGAUCCCGGCGCACGCGAAGCUCCGGCUUGCGCUCACCUGCAUCAACCCGCACUGCCAGCUGCUCGAGCUGCGCCUGAGGGGCGUCGGCACGCUCGACGCGCAACGCUGGCACCGGCAGCUGCUCCCGAACGCGUGGAUCGGAGUGCACGCGACGGACGAUGAGCGGCGCGAGCUGGGCCACGCGCUCAUCUGCAGGCCGGGAUGCCCCCUCGCCUACCCCCCCCCCCCCCCCCCUCUCCCUUCCCUCCCCUCUCCGCGGCUCGACCCGCUCGCGCGUGCGAUACGGAUCCAGUCCGAUGAGCUGCGCGGCCUGGAGGAAGGGAGGUACGUGUUUGCGCUGCACCUGCACUACGAGUGCGCCGCUUCGUCGCGCGAGUGGGGCUUCGUGAAUGGUGCGUUCGAGGAGGGGCCCGACGACGACGACGACGAGGAGGAGGAGGACGGGGACGGGGAGGAGGGGGAGGAGGGUGAGGGCGGAGCGGCCCGCGGCGACGACGGCGCGAGUGACGAGGAUGAGGCGGCGGGCGACGAGACGGACCCGAACGCCGAUGACGACUCGUUCACGGAGGAGGGCGCGGAGGUUUGGGUGGACGGAGAGGAGGAGUCAGACGAGGACGAGGGGCUCCAGGAGGAGGACGCCUUUGACACGCCGGACCACCCGAUGCAGACCCCGGAGCAGACCCCAGAGCAGAGCGGCGAAGCGCAGCCGCAGCAGAGGCCCGCCGCGCUCAGCUGCUCCGCCCUCUCGUCCGUCGCCAUCUCCGAUGCAGAGGAGCUGGCGGGCGAGGCGGCGGCGGGCGAGGCGGCGGCAGGCGUGGCAGGCGUCGCGGCGGCGGCGGGCGGCGAGGUGGUGGCGGCGUGCGAGGCGCCGUUGCCGGUUGGCGAGGCUGCAGCAGGCGAGGCGGCAGCUGGCGAGGCGGCAGCUGGCGAGCCGUCGACGGUGGCCUCUGAGCAGGCUUGCGAGGCGGCGGCGCUGUCGGAGGCAGCGGUGGAAAAUGGCGCCUGGGGCGCAGCGCCGCCGGGAGAGGGCACGGAGGAAGGGGGAGAGGGUGAGGGUGAGGAGGGGCUGGAGGGCGAGGAGGGGCCGGAGGGCGACGAGAUGGAAGUGGAGGAGCGCAACGGGGGCGAGGAGGCGCCCGAUGGGUCGCUUGCGGGCGAUGUGCCCAUGGUCGACUCCGGGGGGAGGGAGGUGGCGGAAGAGGACGCCAGCGCAGGCGAUACGACGGCCGAUGGCUUGUCGCUGCCGAUGGCCGCGGCUAACGGCAAUGGCUGGCCGUAUGGGUUCGCGUGAGGAGCCGGCCGACUGCAAGGUGUUGACCCUGGUCGAGUGGAAGCGCGCUUUUGGGGGGGGGGGGGGG